AUGUCGUCUGAAUGGACGGGAACUGCAAAUGCUCAUACUCUUGUCCUCCUGGGAGAUUUCAUGAUAGGUCGUCUCAUCGAUGCUCUUUUGCCUACCAGUAUUGCACGGGAGGCGCCAGCAUCAGACCCAGAAUCUGUCACACAGCUUGUCGAUCAUUCGAUUCUUCCCAAGUACCCGGAAUUGAAAUCUUAUGGCUAUCAUUCACCUUGGGGCAAUAGCCUCAACUUACUCAGAGGUGCUGACAUGGUGAUAGCCAAUCUUGAAACAGCGUUGACAACGAGUGAGCGGAAAUGGGAACACAAAGUUUUCAACUAUCGAAGUCAUCCCGAAAAUGUCAAAUGCCUGAUGAACAUAGGAAUGGGGGACGGCGAAAGAAGAGGAUACGUCAGCUUGGCAAACAACCAUACCCUUGACUGGGAAGUGGAAGGAUUGGCCGAGACUGUGAAAACGUUGAGUGACGCUGGCGUUGGGUUUGCGGGAGCAGGGAGGACACAGGAGGAAGCAGAAAGGCCGGCAUCCCUGCAACUUGGUGGAACGCAGCUAGCCACGACGCCAUGGAACAUUGACUGCUGGAGCUUCUCAGACCACCCCAGUGAAUGGAAGGAGAUUACAACCUUCAAUUUCAUCGAAUACACGAGGCACGGGAGGGAAAAAUUGAAAAGCCAGAUAUUGUCCGAACAAUCCAACCAGAGAAGUCAGAACGAUUCGAAGCAGAGGUCGAAGCUGAAAAUCAUCUCAAUUCAUUGGGGCCCAAAUUAUCGAUGGCGACCAUCCAAGGAAAUUGUGGAACUGGCGCAUUGGCUGGUUGAUGAGUGCGACAUCGAUAUCAUUCAUGGCCACAGCAGCCAUCACAUCCAAGGGAUAGAAAUAUACAAAGGAAAAUUAAUCUUGUAUGGAUGUGGAGAUUUUGUGGAUGACUAUGCGGUCGAUAAGAGUUGGCGAAACGAUCUCAGCGCUGCGUGGAGAGUCACGGUCGCCCCCAACAACGAGGUGGCUGAACGAGGUGAGAGGCUUAUGGUUCAGAAGUUGGAAGUAUUCCCAAACAGGAUCGAAAGAUUUUCUGCAAACUUGCUGAGCCCGGGCGAUGAAGAUCAUCAGUGGUUGCAGAAGAAGUUCAGGGAUCUAUGCGAUGAACUCGGUACAAAGAUUGAGAAAGAAUUAGGUGAUGAGGGACAAAUCAUUGUCGACACCAGGAGCCAAGGUUGA